CCAUGCAGCCCCCCAGAGGCAGGAUGCAGAAGGACCCCAGUGUGUCCCAGCCCGCAGGCACUGCAGUGGUGGGUGACAGACUGGGUGCUGAGGGCACCGAGACACAGCUGGAUGACUUUGUGGGUGCUCACCCCGACUACAACGAGGAGGAAGAGGAGCACAAGUUCUUCCGCCGCAAGCGCCUUGGGGUCAUCAAGAACGUGGUGGCCGCCAGCCUGGCCGGGACCCUCACCUAUGGGGUGUACCUGGGCCUGCUGCAGAUGCAGCUGAUCCUGCACUAUGAUGAGACCUACCGGGAGGUGAAGUACAGCAACAUCCAACUGGAGGACAUCGACCGCAAGGUGUUGAUGGGCAUCAACGUCACCCCCAUUGCCGCGCUGCUCUACACCCCUGUCCUCAUCAGGUACAGCGCUCCCCAUGCUGCCCAACAGCAUUCCCAAUGGGAAUCUGUGCUUCCCUCUCCAAUCCCUGGCAGGUUCUUCGGCAUCAAGUGGGCCAUGUUCCUCGCUGUGGGUAUCUACGCCUUCUUCGUCUCCAGCAACUACUGGGAGCGCUACUACACGUUGGUGCCCUCCGCCGUGGCCAUUGGGGUGGCCAUCGUGCCCCUCUGGGCUUCCAUGGGCAGCUACAUCACCAGGAUGGCCCAGAAGUACCACGAGCACGUCCACUACAAGGAGGAGCAGCGGGCACCACGAGGGGCCAGCGAUGCCUACAUCAUCAUCUUCCAGAGCAUCUUCUAUGCCUUCUUCCAUUUGAGCUUCGUCUGUGCUCAGAUGCCCAUGCUCUUCUUCCUCAACAACUACCUCUACCAGCUCAACCACACGCUCUUUGGCGUCAAGCACUGCGGGACCCUGAGCCAUGGCACACUGCCUGGCUUCAACACCACGGUGCUGCAGAGCCUGCCCCGCAGCGUCAACCUCAUCGUGGUGGACAGUGUGCUGAUGGCGGCUGCCUUCCUCGCCAUGCUGCUGGUCCUGGUGCUCUGUGGUGCAGCCUAUCGACCCACGGAGGAGAUCGACCUGCGCAGCAUCGGUUGGGGGAACAUCUUCCAGCUGCCCUUCAAGCACAUGAGGGACUAUCGCCUGCGUCACCUCUUCCCCAGCUUCAUCUACAGCGGCUUCGAGGUGCUCUUUGUCUGCACUGGCUUCUCCCUGAACUAUGGGGUGUGUGCCCUAGGGCUGGAGAAGCUGUCCUACCUCCUUAUGGCCUAUGGGCUGUCAGCCUCAGCCUGCUCCAGCCUGGCCCUGUGCAUGCUGCGCCUGCAGCGGCACAUCCCACUGCUGGCCGGAGCCUUCAUCCACGCUGCCCUCCUGGUGACGCUGUUCUGCUGGGCACCAGAGCCCCGGCUUGUGGGGCAGGCCCCACUGCUCUACAGCAUCGCCGCGCUAUGGGGCACGGGGAGCGCCCUCAACAAGACCAGCAUCAGCAUCCUCCUGGGCAUGCUGUACAAGAACAAGGAACGCCAGGACUUCAUCUUCACCAUCUACCACUGGUGGCAAGCCCUGGCCAUCUUCACCGUCUACCUGUGGUCAGAGCUCCCCAUGAAGGCCAAGCUGUCCAUCCUGCUGGUGACACUGGUGCUGUCAGUGGGCACAUACCUGCGCAUGGAGCAGCAGCUGGGGCAGCACAUCGAGUACCGCCUGCCCCGCAUCCCGCGCCCGCACCACCGCAUGCGGGGGUACCGGUACCUGGAGGAGGAGGACUCGGAUCAGACGGGGUCUGAGGGGGAUGGGGAUGGAGAGGAAGAGCAGGAGGAGCACACAGAGGAUGGGGAGCAGAGGGGUUAGGGUACCAUGGACUGCUACAGCACUGGGGUGGACCCACAUUGUUCUCUAUGGGGAAAGGGAGUCCUCAACCCUCAACCAAAGACUCAAGCUGACAUAGGUCCCUCUGCAGCACCCCCAGGCAGGACUAAAGACUCCAUUGAGAUGCAAUGCAGCCCCUAUGAAGACCCACAGGACCCCUAACCAAGC